AACAAGAAACAGGAGCCAAGGCAUCAUGGCCGACCUAGGGAAGAAGUACUGCGUAAACUGCCUCGCAGAUGUUACCAACCUGCGGCUUCGUUGCACAGACUGCCCGGAUAUAGAGCUGUGUCCGGAGUGCUUCUCGGCGGGCGCGGAAAUCGGUAACCACCGGAGAUGGCACGGCUACCAGCAGGUCGACGGCGGUCGCUUCUCUCUCUGGGGUCCCGAGGCAGAGGGAGGAUGGACCAGCAGGGAAGAGCAGUCGCUGCUCGAUGCCAUCGAGCAGUAUGGAUUUGGAAACUGGGAGGACAUGGCCGCUCACGUCGGAGCAUCCCGAACUCCUCAGGAAGUCAUGGAACACUAUGUUACCAUGUACAUCCAUGGAAACCUGGGUAAGGCGUGCAUCCCGGACAGCAUUCCCAACCGGGUGACGGACCACACCUGCCCGAGUGGCGGGCCCCUGUCGCCCAGCCUCACCACCCCGCUCCCUCCGCUGGAUAUCAGCCUGGCCGAGCAGCAGCAGCUGGGCUACAUGCCGCUACGCGACGACUACGAGAUCGAAUACGACCAGGACGCGGAGAAGCUCAUCAGCGGGCUGUCUGUGAACUACGACGACGAGGACGUGGAAAUCGAAAUGAAACGCGCUCACGUGGACAUGUACGUGCGCAAGCUCAGAGAACGGCAGCGACGUAAGAACAUCGCCCGGGACUACAACCUGGUGCCCGCGUUCCUGGGCCGGGACAAGAAAGACAAGGAGAAGGAGAAACCAGGAGCGCCGGGAGUCACGGGCGCCGCCGGCGGCGUGGGUGGCGCAGGAGCUGGCGGCGGCACGAUUGGAUCCGGUUCCACGACAGCAGCGGGAUCCGGUCCCGUUCCCAGCACGCCCAAAAGAAAGAUCACCAAGGAAGAGAAGGAUCAGCGGGUCAGACUGCGGGGGCUCUGCCAGUUCAUGGCCCAUCGGGAAUUUGAAGACUUCUUUGAGAACAUGCACAAAGAGCGCGUGCUAAGGGCAAAAGUGCGUGAGCUGCAGCGCUACCGCCGCAACGGCAUCGCCCGCCUGGAAGAGUCGGCGGAAUACGAAGCGGCGCGCCACAAACGGGAGAAACGCAAGGAGAACAAAAGCGUGGUCACCUCCAAACGGGGCAGCGGAGGCGGCGGCGCGCUCGGCUCUGGGUUGGGACUCGGCGGUGGAGCCGGAGGCGGAGGAGGCAUCGCCGGAGGGUUGGGGGUCGUGAUCAAAGAAGAGUGCAAAGACGGCGAGUUCGCCGCCAUCGAGAAUCUGACGGGCUUCGAGCUGCUGUCAGACCGAGAGAAGGUGCUGUGUAACUCUCUGAACCUCAGCCCGGCACGCUACCUGACUGUCAAAACCAUCAUCAUCAAAGAUAACAUGCAGAAAAGGCAAGGCAUCCCGGCCAAGAGCCGGCUGCCCAGCUACCUGGACAAGGUCCUCAAGAAGCGCAUUCUCACCUUCCUCACGGAAAGCGGCUGGAUAUCCAGAGACGCCUCUUAGCGAUCCGUCUUCGGUCAGGAAGUAAUAAGUUGACGAUCACUGGUAGCUGAUUUGCUGUAAGCUCCGUAGACAGGACAGAACUUUUUUUUCAAAGGGGACCUUGUGAAUAUGUAAAUUGCAAAGAAAGAGGAUGGGAAAAAAAAAAAGUUUAUUUUCAUACCAGGGAUAGGAACAAAGACGAGCCUAUAUUUUUACAUUUGGAAAGGGACGGGGGGUGAAAAACAAACUCUGUGGAUUUCAAAUACUUUGUGUCCUUAUUGUUUCUACAUGAAUGAGAACUACAAUGCUGACAGGUAAACAAACAUCGACUGGUUCAAAAGCCAUCUCAAGCUGCAUUUUUGGGGUGAAUGUUGGGUGACAGAAUUGAUCGCCGUCGCGGUCGUAGAUGUUUUUGAGGAUCUCUCAAACUCUCGGUUUCUCAUCGGUUAAAGCCCGACCGCUAGCUGUUCAAAUUUCUGUAACAUUUUAAGGCCUUCGUUUCCUAGACAUUGUCAUACAUCUUCAGUAAACUCUCAAUUCUCUGACUUAUUGUUUCCCCUUCUUACUGCCUACAAGGGAAGGAAAAGAACCAUCAUCUAGCUUUCUCUGGACUGGGUCAGAUAGACAUAGAGCGAUACAUCUGCUGAUGUUUGAUCAUAUAUAUAUCAGUAUUGGCACAUAUGUCAGCCAAUAAGCAACAAGAAAGUGUGUGUAAAGAAAUGCCAAAGAAUA